UGGUUAGUUUCCCAGGACAAGGACACAAACAGACCGCCUCAGUCCGAGCCUCCUUCCUUCCUUGUAUAUGUGUGUGUGUGUGUGUGUGUGUGUCGGGUCUCGUGAGUCCAAAACUUCCACCAAGUGUGCCAAAUCUGAUGAGGUGCCAUCCUGGGUCACAAGCUCAGGAUGUGUUUGUCUGUGUGGCCAGGAGGGCAGAGGGCCAGGCAGCUGAAAUCACCACUAGCUGAUGGAGCAUAUGACUUCAGACCAAGGCCCCUUUGUUUGGACAACUACAGCCGACACACAGAGGCCUGGAAAUGUCGCGUGACAUGGAAGUCGAAAAGCCGGAGAAUGAAUGGACCUGGAGAAUAAAACAAUUCUGCAUGCGUGUGUGUUGUGACGGUUUGUCGUCUACAGUGGGGGUGAUGAAACUUAACACCCCGCCUUCACUCGUUUUUGAUACCGUUGAUAUUGUUUCGCGUUUUGUCAUCAACAAAAGACUCCAAAAGAAUUAUUGUCCACAUGAUCCAUGUUUUAUGUAGCUGCUGUUUCAUAAUGAGCUGGUUCAAUGAACUUUGUACUUUCAUACAGCUACGAUGUGGGUUUAGAGGUGAGAACUGGGAACGGUGAAACUGAUAUCAAAUCGCUAUUUAAUAUGAGAAGAAUUGCCAAAUUUCCUGAGAAUCUGCUCAACGGGGGAGGAGAGAAAAUCUAAGAGUAAAAACUACUUUAUAAUUAUGAUGAAUAAAAAGGAAAACUCCCAGGGAUGAGAAUCCGCUCCUCUACAUCUGAGACCACGGUCUUGAUUCGGAAAAGGGUAGAAUUCCUUCUCCGGGUCAGGGAUGAGGUCCUGCCCCAAGUGGAGGAGUUUAAGUAUCUUGGGGUCUUGUUCACGAGUGAGGGAAAGCUGGAGCGUGAGAUGGAUAGGUGGAUUGGUGCUGCGUCUGCAGUGAUGCGGGCGUUGUACCGGUCUGUCGUGGUGAAGAGAGAGCUGAGUCAGAAGGCGAAGCUCUCGAUUUACCGGUCGAUCUACGUUCCUACCCUCACCUAUGGUCAUGACCUUUGGGUAGUGACCGAAAGAACGAGAUCGCGGAUACAAGCAGCCAAAAUGAGUUUUCUCCGAAGAGUGUCUGGGCUCUCCCUUAGAGAUAGGGUGAGAAGCUCGGUCAUCCGGGAGGGGCUCGGAGUAGACCCGCUGCUCCUCCACAUCGAGAGGAGCCAGUUGAGGUGGCUCGAGCAUCUGGUCAGGAUGCCUCCUGGAAGCCUCCCUGGUGAGGUUUUCCGGGCACGUCCAACCAGGAGGAGACCUAAAGGUAGACCCAGGACACGGUGGAGGGACUAUGUCUCUCAACCGGCUCAGGGAACGCCUUGGGAUUCCCCCGGAAGAGCUGGCCCAAGUGGCUGGGGAGAGGGAAGUCUGGACCUCUCGACUUAGUCUGCUGCCCCCGCGACCCGACUCCUGAUAAGCAGAAGAAAAUGGAUGGAUGGAUGGAUGGAUGGAUGGAUGGAUGGAUGGAUGAAUGGAUGGAUGG